AUGACAACGGCAACAGAAAUGGGGUCCACGAAAAUAACACCCGAGGUUCUGCAAGAGAUGCUACAACAUUACAAUUUAACGCGACAAGAGUUCAUCGAGUCUUACAACAUACAGCCGCUUGUCUACGUCCCUGAGUUGCCGUUGGGCGCUAAGACUACUUUCGUCAUCAUGUAUGCUGUCAUAUUCGUCCUGGCUUUGGUUGGGAACAGUUUGGUUGUCUACAUAGUGGUGCGUAAAAGAGCUAUACAGACCUCCACUAAUAUCUUCAUCUGUUCUCUGGCGGUGAGCGAUCUUCUUAUCACAUUCUUCUGUAUCCCGUUCACCUUGUUGCAGAACAUCUCCUCGGAAUGGCUCGGAGGUGUUCUCAUCUGCAAGACGAUUCCUUUUGUUCAGACUAUGGCCAUAGUGACGGGGAUUCUCACAAUGACCUGCAUCGCCGUGGAGAGGUACCAGGGAAUUGUCUACCCCUUGAAAAUGAGGAGGCAGUACACUCCGAAAAGAGCAUACAAGAUGCUAGGACUUGUAUGGAGUGCAUCAGUGGUUGUGGGAUCCCCAAUGCUGUUCGUACAGCAACUAGAGGUGAAGUAUGACUUCCUGUACGACCACCACCACGUGUGUUGUCAGGAGCGUUGGCGUUCCCUGGUCCACAGACAAGUGUACACCACCUUCAUCAUGGUCGCUCUGUUCCUGAUGCCCAUGGCAGCCAUGUUGUUUCUCUACACACGGAUAGGGAUAGAGCUGUGGAUCAGGAAGAGGGUGGGGGACUCCUCUGUGCUGAACACCAUGAACCACAGAGAGGUCAACAAAAUAUCCAGGAAGAAGAAGCGAGCUGUAAAAAUGAUGAUUACCAUCGUUCUGCUGUUCACGAUCUGUUGGGCUCCGUUUCAUACCGUUCACAUGCUGUUUGAGUACAACAACCUAGAGAAGAACUCUGACGAGGUGACGGUGAACAUGAUCAUCGCCAUCGUCCAGGCCAUCGGCUUCUCCAACUCCUUCAACAACCCCAUCAUCUACGCCUUCAUGAACGAGAACUUCAAGAAGAGCUGUGUGGCAACCUUGUCCCGCUGCCUCAGGAAGCCCUCCAACCACCGGGGCGGCGCUGUGGAGACGCCCAACAACCCCACUGUACUCUUUAUUAGACCACUGAAGAGGGAGGCCUUCGCAGAGACUGGAGGUGGGGCUAAUGGAGGCUUGGCGCAGGGUGUGCUGGAGAACGGUCCGUCUGUCUCCUCUCAGACCUCCUCAGCCUUAGCAGGGGAGAAGAUGACGGAGAACACUCAGCUGGAGAACGGUCCGUCUGUCUCCUCUCAGACCUCCUCAGCCUUAGCAGCGGAGAAGAUGACGGAGAACACUCAGCUGGAGAACGGUCCGUCUGUCUCCUCUCAGACCUCCUCAGCCUUAGCAGGGGAGAAGAUGACGGAGAACACUCAGCUGCCCAGUGUAGAUCUGUUGAAAUAG